AUGUCCGCCAUGGCAAAGGCCCAAAAGGCCAAGGGAGAAGCCUACGCAGCAGAAGCCGAAAAGCUCUUGACCAAGAAGUCCUGGUUUGGAUCCACUUCUCGAAACUUUGAAGAUGCCGCGGAAUCCUACGAGAAGGCUGCCAAUGCUUUCAAGGUUGGUGGUUUGACUACCGAAGCUGGAGAUGCUUACAUGAGAGCUGCGGCAAUUUACUCCGACAAACUCUCGGAUUUGCUUUCUGCUUCCAAGACAUUGAACAGCGCUGGUACUUGCUACAAAAAGACCAGCCCGGCUGAUGCCAUCAAGGCAUACACAAAGGCAGUCGUGGUCUACACGGACAAUGCCAGAAUUACUCAAGCUGCAAAGAUCCAAAAGGAGAUUGCUGAACUUUACGAAACCGAAGAAAUUGAUGAAGGCGGCAAGUCUCACAUCGUUUUGGCCAUAGAGGCCUAUGAACAAGCUGCUGAGUUCUUUGAAAUGGAGGGCUCAAAGUCCAGCGAAUCACAAUGCCUCACUAAGAUUGCGGAACUUUGCACAGCAGCGCUCGACCCUCCUGACUAUGUUCGCGGAAGUCAGCUAUAUGAUGACUUGGGGAGACGGUGUCUCGAGAGCAACUUGCUCAAGUUCAAUGCCAAGGGGUAUUUCUUGCAAGCUUGUUUGUGCCACUUGGCCAGCGGUGAUUCCGUUGGGGCUUCUCAGGCAAUGGCAAAGUAUGAUAGUCUAGACUACACUUUUGGGGAGUCGAGAGAAGGCAAGUUCGCCAACAGCUUGAUAGAAGCGGUUGAGGGGUAUGAUGUUGAAGGCUUCUCGACAGCAUGCUACGAUUUUGACAGGAUCUCAAAGCUCAACCCAUGGCAAACUUCGAUUCUUGUUUCCGUCAAGCGUUCGAUUGAUGACGGUAACAACGAUGAAGACGAUGAUGAGGUUGACCUCACCUAG